CAUUAGCCGACAACAAACGUUCAACAUAAACACAUUUUAUGUAUAUGUAUAAUUAUAUUUGAGUUUUUAUUUUCAUAACAAAAUACUACUGAUAGUUGAUAGAUACACUAAAAAUUAGACGCUUCAAUUUGAUAGCCGCGUAUUUCAUAUUCACACGCGCCUUUUUUAUGCUUCUAGUAAAUUGUGUGAUUAUCAAAAAUUUUUGACAAAUAAAACGCUUUUAUUAAGGUUUAUUGUCCAGUUUAAACUAAAUAAUUAUUAUUGAAUUUGGUAAGCCAAUCUUUUUAAUAUUUGAGAGAUAAUAUAAUUUUAGAAAAAUUAUGUCUGUGGAAAAAGAUAUAAUAAAAAUACAACAUAAAUUACAAAAUAUGUCGGAUGAGAACGCUGAUCAAAGUCAAGCCCUAGAUUUAUUAAAAGCUCUUAAAGAUUUGCCUAUAACUUUAGAUAUACUUACAAAAACUCGAGUUGGUAUGACAGUUAAUUCAUUUCGAAAAAGUUGUAAUAAUGAAGAAGUAAUUACAUUCUCCAAAGCAUUAAUUAAAAACUGGAAAAAAUUAUUAAAUGGAGAUAAAAGUACUACUCAGGAAACUAAAAAAGAAAAGAAAGAACGAAAAAAAUCAGAAGAAAAAGAACAAAAAAUUGAAACAAAGAAAGACACUUCAAAACCAGUUAUUUUUCCUACCCCAUCUACCACAGAUGCUGUUCGUCUUAAAUGUCGAGAACUUUUAGUUUCUGCUUUAAAAACUGAUGAUGAAAAUGAAGGUUGUGCGUCAAUAGAAGAACUUGCAGAUGAACUAGAAGAUGCUAUUUUUUUAGAAUUUAAAAAUACUGAUGCUCGUUAUAAAAACAGAGUUAGGAGUAGGUACUCUAACUUAAAAGAUGCUAAGAAUCCUCAAUUGAGGAGUAACUUUAUUGCUGGAGCUAUCACUCCUGCCCAAUUAGCAAAGAUGACUGCUGAAGAAAUGGCUAGUGAUGAAAUGAAAACAUUAAGAAACAAACUUAUUAAAGAAUCGAUUGAUGAUGCUCAACUUGCUACUGUUCAAGGAACAAAAACAGACUUACUAAAAUGUGGAAAAUGUAAAAAAAGGAAUUGUACCUACAACCAAAUUCAAACUAGAAGUGCUGAUGAACCAAUGACAACAUUUGUAAUGUGUAAUGAAUGUGGAAACCGAUGGAAAUUUUGUUAAAUUUUACAAUUGGCGUUAUUUAAAUUUUCUUUUUAGAAGCACUUAAGUAUAAGAAUAUAAAAUGAUAUCCCUUUUCUUCAUACUAUUUCCUAUAAUGAUUAUUGGUAUUUGACCAAAUUUUAAUAUUCAUUUUAUUAUAUUGAUUUAAUUUUUAGUUAAGAACUUGUAACUUGCAUUAUUGUGGGAAUAAUUGGUUUAAUGUAAAUAGUAUGUUCAGCCUAAAACAUAAUUUAAUUUACUAGAAAUAAAUUUCUAUAAUUGAUUAUAUUAAAUUUUAUUAUUUUGAAAUAUUUUUUGUCAAUUGCUGAGGUAGAUAUAUUUAAUCAUAUUACUUAGAAAAAAAUCAAUUUAGCAUUAAAAUAUAAUAAUUAUAGCCCCUAAUAUGAUCAAUUUAUUUUUAAGGAAGUUUUAAGCAAAAAAUGAUCAUUGAAAUCUCUGGCUAUAGUAAAAAUUAGUGUCUACUACUCUAGAAGUUUUAUUUACACCCCUGAUCAGGUAAAUUUAUUAUGAUCUUAGUUCAAUUUUCUUCUAAUAGAUUACACAUUUUUAAGACAUAAAGGACACAAAGUCCUUUUUAUUAGUAUUCAAAUUUAACAAAUUAUUCUUUAUUUUACAUAAUAUAUAAAUAACCAAAUUCGAACAGCAAUAUAUUAAAAGCAAACUUACAUACGCAAAUCAGUGUAAUAUCAGAUGUUAAAUUGCUUA